GACGCUAAAACAAACGUCUCGCGCCUUGUGGGGAGCAGUUCAAGUGAGAAACCAACAGAGCGGAGUGAUACACUCAAACAUGAGGCCAAACCUGAGGCCAAACGUGGCUCCCCUGCUGCUGUUGGUGCUGUAUAUCCCCGCUGUGUUUGUUCUCUCUCAUGUGGAGGAGAUGAAGAGCCAAGAGAGCCUCUUCAUCAGCUCCCUCGGCCUCUCCGGUCGACCCAGGCCGUCGGGGAGCCUCCAGGCCCGGCGUCACGUUCCCUCCGCGCUGUGGAAGAUGUUCCGGAGGUCAGACAGCAUCAAGGCCCAGGAGAGCGACCCCUGCACGGUGUCUGAGUAUGGAGUCCGCGGUAACAUCAUCAGAUACGUGCAGGAUCAAGGCAGGCUGGUGUCUGGAUGGAGCAGCUGUCAGCUCUGCGUGGAGAAGCAGCUCUUCUUCAACAUGUCCGUGCUGCAGCCUGUGGAGCUGCUGUCUCUGGCUCAGCUGGAGAUCAAGUUCCACUGGAAGCCCUUCAGCCCUGCCGAGCUGCUGCAUGAGCCCCGGGCCCUCAGCGUGUCUCUGUACAAAGUGGUCAGAGCCACACUUAGGGGGGCAAAUCCUCAGGCCAAUCGCAGACUCCUGCUGUCCCAGUCGGUGCAGCUGCAGCCUGAUCCUGCCUCUGUCACCCUGGACCUAACUUCGCUGGCGGAGAGUUGGAGAAAACCAGGACGAAACUACGGCCUGGUGUUGGAGCUACUUCCUGUCAGUGCAGACCUGGAUGAGCUGCUUCCUUUUCACCCAGGGAACUCCCUCCCACUUGAACAAGACUUCAGCCUCCCACUUGUCCAGGCUUCACUGGUCGCCGUGUCCCUAAACCCACACCAGUGUCGCUCCCGACAGAGACGAAGCGCUGUCCAUCUCCCUGUCACGCCAAGCAAUGUGUGCAAAGCCCGCCGCCUCUACAUCGACUUCAAAGACGUGGGCUGGCAGGACUGGAUCAUCGCCCCACAGGGGUACAUGGCCAACUACUGCCACGGCGAGUGCCCCUUUCCGCUCAGCGAGAGCCUGAACGGCACCAACCACGCCAUCUUGCAGACACUGGUGCACUCCCUGGACCCGCACGGCACACCACAGCCCUGCUGCGUCCCCAUCCGCUUGUCCCCCAUCUCCAUGCUGUACUAUGACAACAAUGACAACGUGGUGCUGAGACAUUACCAGGACAUGGUGGUGGACGAGUGUGGCUGUCGAUGAGGUUGGCAUCAAACACCAUUUUUACUUGCCUACACCUCCUGAUUUCCCUGAAUUCUGUUAGACGAAUCAAUGACUUCUAGAAUCUUAAAUUUGUUUUUUCUUGUACAAAUUUAAUCAUGUAUUUUAAUAUGACAGAUGAUAAUAAAAUUUCCAAUAAAGUCACACUGGAAGACUGAA